UUUUGAACGUGGGUGCACAGCCAGUUAAGUAGCUGUCCGAUUCCGUGGCACAAGUUGUUUAUUGAAUCAUCAUCAUUCCCUAGACAUACUCCCAGUGACAAUAACUCUAACCAGUUCUCGGAGCGCCUUGACGAUAAAAUGCCUGUUAUCCGCACGGUGCUGUUCAAAACCAAGCCUGGGGUUACUGAGAACCAAAAACAGGCAUUCGUUGAUGAAGCAAGAAGAGUAACGCACCUGAUGCCUGGGGUCAUUUCUCUGCAAAUUGGGCCUGCUCUUGACACGGAAAGGACCAAGGGCUACAAUAUGGGCAUCUUUCUCACCGUGAAGAAAAGGGAAACUCUGAAAGCAUGGGCGAUCAAUCCAGAACAUCUCAAGCUUCACAACAUGCGGGAGGAGAUAACGGAUGACAGCCUCGCUUUCAACCUUGAAUACUGAUAUGUCAAGUUCCCAUCCGAGUUAAUGGCAGAAGACUCGAGUCAAACAAGCGAUCACAGAGCUUAUCUUGAAGACAAUGACAUUGUCGAAUUCUCGGCGAGGGUGGCAGGCGGUUGAAGAGGAAAUGUUGGGUUCGGUCUUUGCUCAGACAAAGUAUUACCAGCUUCUUGAAUUCCUGAAGUAACGAAACGCCAAGUCCUGAUCAGAGGUCAUGAUUCAGCAGCUAAGUAUAGAAAUAUUUGGGUGGAAGAUUCUGGUUGGUGAGGAGCCUUAUGAUCUUCUAGUCGUGGCACGGAUGAAUGUAGUCUUCUUGAAGUAAUCAUAACAAGAACGUGAAAAGCA